AUGUGGUUGCUGCUGGUGGUCCUGUGCCUGGCCCAGGGGCUGGGCAAUGCCAUCCGAUGUGCUGGAGAGAACCCUGAGCAGUUCAUGAACAUUAGCCAGAUAAUCCGUUUCCACAGAUAUCACAGAGAGGAGCACCAAGUCCUGGCCGAUGAUGGCUAUUUCCUUACCAUGAACUGGAUUCCUGGUGGCAGAGAGGAGGAUGGAACCAGAGGACACAGGUUACCUGUGUUGCUCCAGCAUGGCUUGUCAUUAGAUGGCAGCAAUUGGGUUUCCAGUUUCCCCAAUGGCAGCCUGGGCUUCAUCCUCGCUGAUGCAGGGUACGACGUCUGGAUCGGAAACAGCCGGGGCAACAGCUGGUCCCGCCGGCACUUGAACCUUUCUGUCGACCAGGAGGAGUUUUGGGAUUUCAGCUUCCACGAGAUGACCAUAUACGACCUCCCUGCCAUGGUGGGCUUCAUCCUAAGGCAAACCAGGCAGCAGAAACUGUUCUAUGCUGGCCAUGCUCAGGGCAACACUCUGGGUUUCAUAGCAUUUUCGAGCAUUCUGCAGCUGGCUGAGAAAAUCAAAAUGUUCUUUGUACUGGGCCCUGCCUACACUUUUCGUGCUGUUAAAGGUCCGGUAUUAAGUCUUUUCUACCUUCCUGAUUCAGUACUUACGGUGAUUUUUGGGAGAAGAGAAGCAGCUCUGCUGGGACGGGGACAGAGAGCGGCACUGGCUAGGGGGUGCAGCUGCCGGCUGCUGGGCAGGCUCUGCACAGAUGGGCUUUUCCUCAUCGGUGGAUGUAAUAAGAAGAACUUGAAUGUGAGCCGAACAGACGUGUACAUAUCGCAUUUCCCGGACUACACAUCCACCAAAAACCUCCUCCACUGGGGCCAGACUGCAAAAACUGGAGAGUUCAAGCAGUUUGACUAUGAGGAGAAGAACCAGGACAGGUACAACCAGACUUCACCACCCUUUUACAGGAGAGAAGACAUGACAGUUCCAACAGCUCUGUGGAGCGGUGGGGAGGACUGGGUUACCCCUACUUCAGAGAUGCAACGCUUGCUCCCCCGCAUCACCAACCUCAUUCAUCACGAGCACUUCCCUGACUGGACCCACCGGGAUCAGAUCUGGGGCCUGGACGCCCCUCAGCGUGCAUACAGGCGGAUGGUCACUUUGAUGGAGACAAAUCCAUGA